AUGUCUUCUGUUGCUUCAUCAAAAGAAGAUACAAUGUCGUCUGAAAAAGUAGAUGAGAAACAACCUGAACCUGAAAGCAAAGCUGAGGAAAGUGAUGAAGAAGAGGAGGAAGAAGAGGAGGAGGAAGAGGAGGAGGAAAAGGAAAAGAGUCUAAUUGUUGAAGGGAAAAGGGAGAAAAAGAAGGUUGACCGACUGACCAUGCAAGUGUCCUCAUUGCAGAAGGAACCUUUUACAGUUACACCAGGAAAAGGACAAAAACUCUGUGAAAUUGAAAGGAUACAAUACUUUCUGAGUAAAAAGAAGACAGACGAACUUAGGAACCUACACAAACUCCUCUACAACAGGCCAGGCACUGUUGCGUCCCUAAAGAAGAAUGUGGGUCAGUUCAGUGGGUUCCCAUUCGAAAAAGGAAGUGACCAAUACAAAAAGAAGGAAGAAAUGUUAAAAAAAUUUAGGAAUGCAAUGUUGAAAAGUAUCUGUGAAGUUCUUGACUUGGAAAGAUCAGGUGUUAAUAGCGAGCUCGUAACCAGAAUCUUAAACUUCUUAAUGCACCCAAAAUCUUCAGGCAAGCCAUUGCCAAAGUCCAAAAAAACACCAAGCAAAGGUGGCAAAAAAGAACGCAGUAGCACUGGAACAACAAGAAAAGCGAAACGCACCAAGUGUCCAGAGAUCUUGUCAGAUGAAUCCAGUAGUGAAGAAGAUGAAAAGAAAGGAAAGGAUGACUCUUCAGAAGACAAAGAAAGUGAAGAUGAGCCUCCUAGAAAAGCAUCUAGAAGAGAAAGAUCUAAAAAGAAUAGUUCCAAAACCAAGAAAGCUGUGAAGAGUGCGAAUGUCAAGAAGGCAGAUAGUAGCACUACUAAAAAGAGUCAGAACAGCUCUAGAAAAGAAAGCGAGUCUGACGAUAGUUCAGAUGAUGAACCUUUAAUUAAAAAGCUGAAGAAGCCACCCACAGAUGAAGAAAUUAAAGAAACUGUCAAGAACUUAUUGGCCAGUGCGAACUUGGAGGAGGUUACAAUGAAACAAAUUUGCAAGGAGGUGUAUGAAAACUAUCCUAGUUAUGAUUUGUCUGACAGGAAAGACUUCAUUAAAAAAACAGUCAAAGAGUUGAUUUCAUGAUCUGAUUUGACUGUGGGGAAUGAAGAUUCCUGGUUUUAUGUUCCCAUGGAUUUGAAGAUCUGAUAGGCACCAGCAAAAGGAAUGUGUGUUACCCUUGGUGGUAUUUAGUCAGAGCCGAUUCUGCUGAUCUAAUGUUAAGAGUGUUGAUGUAAAUUGCUUUGUGUGUCUUCCUUCUUUUUUU